AUGGGAGAUGUGGACAUUCAGAUUGAGCAUGCCUACUGGAAGGAGCAGACUGUCUUUCAAAAUAAGAACAGCUUCCUGCUCAGGGAAACUGGUGAGAAGAAGCUCCUGAGAUGCUACAAGAACAUUGGCCUGGGCUUCAAAAAGGAGGCCACUGAGGCACCUGUGCUGACAGAUGCCCAUAGCGUCUCCAUCCAAGGGCAGGCCCUGUCUGGUGUGGAAGAUGAAGAUGCAGAGGACCCUGGUCACCCGCUGAGACCGCCUCUCCUGCGUCCAGGGUGCAAGCUCAUGGGGAAGCGCCAUGAGGGCAUGUCUGUGCUCUCGUCACCCUGCCCCAUGGACGUCUAG